AUGGAGACCCGUAUGAAUACAAAUCGAAUUGGCCCGGCCCGAAUUAAAAAUAAAGUUAAAGUUGAAGGCAGCAAGGAAGAUGAUCUAGGCUGGAAGGCAAAAUUGAAAAUUCCAGCUAAAGAUCGACGAAUUCAGACCAGUGAUGUUACAGACACUAAAGGGAAUGAAUUUGAAGAAUUCUGCCUAAGACGAGAACUAUUAAUGGGCAUCUUUGAAAAGGGUUGGGAAAAACCAUCUCCAAUUCAAGAGGCUAGUAUUCCUAUUGCAUUAUCUGGAAAGGAUGUUCUAGCACGUGCAAAGAAUGGCACAGGCAAAACUGGUGCUUAUUCCAUUCCUGUGUUGGAGCAAGUAGAUUCCAAGAAGGACUGCAUUCAAGCAUUAGUGAUUGUCCCCACGCGAGAACUGGCCCUUCAAACCAGUCAGAUCUGUAUAGAAUUAGCAAAACACAUGCGUGUCAAAGUAAUGGUGACAACUGGUGGUACAGAUCUCCGCGAUGACAUUAUGAGAAUAUACCAGAAAGUGCAGGUUAUAAUUGCUACCCCAGGGCGCAUUAUUGACUUAAUAGAUAAAGAUGUUGCUAAUGUGGAUCAGUGCCGAAUGUUGGUUUUGGAUGAAGCUGAUAAAUUGCUAUCUCAAGAUUUUGUAGCGAUGCUGGAUCACAUUAUUUCUAAGUUGCCUAAAGAACGACAAAUCUUGCUCUAUUCUGCCACAUUUCCAUUGUCAGUAAAACAGUUUAUAGAAAAGCAUUUAAGAGAUCCAUAUGAAAUUAAUCUAAUGGAGGAGCUAACUUUGAAAGGAGUUACUCAGUAUUAUGCUUAUGUGCAAGAGAGACAAAAGGUUCAUUGUUUAAAUACAUUGUUCUCAAAAUUGCAAAUCAAUCAAAGUAUAAUAUUUUGUAAUUCUACUCAAAGGGUUGAACUUCUUGCUAAGAAGAUCACUGAACUGGGAUAUUGUUGUUAUUAUAUUCAUGCUAAGAUGGCACAGGCCCAUCGUAAUCGUAUUUUUCAUGACUUCCGAGCAGGCCUCUGUAGGAACUUGGUUUGCACAGAUUUAUUUACUAGGGGUAUUGAUGUUCAAGCAGUGAAUGUGGUGAUUAAUUUUGAUUUUCCUAAAAUGGCUGAAACAUAUCUCCAUCGUAUAGGUCGCUCUGGAAGAUUUGGUCAUUUAGGUAUUGCAAUAAAUUUAAUUACAGACACAGAUCGCUUUGCAUUGCAUCGUAUUGAACAAGAAUUAGGUACAGAGAUAAAGCCCAUUCCCAAAGUGAUAGACCCAUCAUUGUAUGCUAUGAAGGUAGAUGAUAGCCUGGAAGAAGGUAACACAUUGACAAAUAAAUAA